UGGGAUGGAAAGAGCAGUUUUCUGGGGACCAGGAUCUCGAGAGUUAAGACUGGCGCAUUUCCUUUCUCCAUAUUCAGUCAGUCUCAUCAGUAAAAUGAGGAACUAGGGUGGGAUGGAUGCCUAUUGGUGUGUGGUGACCACAGCUUGUGUUCUUUAGGUUGUGUAAGACACGCACUGCUGUCUGCAUGCAACAAGGAAAGCCCAGCUGAGUUUCAGGCUAUUACAGACUUCUGUGGUGAGAACUGAAAAAGCCACAGUGCUUCUCUGUUCCAAUCAUACUGGGGUUGUGAGUCACACUGUAGGGCGACAUGUCAUGCUCUACGGAGGCUCUGAAGCUGACCCCUCAGAACAUCAGAACUUUGGGUCUGUUGCACAAAAAAGUCUGGGGGUUUCCCCUCCUUCCCUGGAAGGGAGAGAAUGGCAUCCGUGUAAAGCCGUGCCAGGGAUCAGAGACACAGACCAAAGUACAAACUGGCUGGGCCAGAGGCUGGACCCCAGUGGCUGCGGAUCAGGACAUAAAGCUCUUAGCCAACACCUCAGCAGCAUGCCUGUCUGCUUCCUGCCAUGCUGACUAUGGACUAACCCUCCGAAACGGGCCAACAUGGACGCUAUCACCCAAUCCCCUGUGGAUGCCGUGCUUCCCAAGCACAUCCUGGAUAUCUGGGCCAUAGUCCUCAUCAUCCUGGCUACCAUUGUCAUCAUGACCUCCUUGUUUCUGUGCCCGGCCACUGCGGUCAUCAUCUAUCGAAUGCGGACUCACCCAGUUCUCAACGGGGCUGCCUGAGAGAGACCCUUGAAGGCGGGAUGGCGUGUGAUAAGGGCAGAGGUCUUGCCCCUAUCCUGAUUUCAGAAAGACAGCGGGGAGACUCAGGACCUGGAUUUGUGCUUUAAUUUUGAUUCUGCUGUUGGGCUACAGUGUAGAUGUCAUCAAGGGACCUAACUCUGAGUCCCAGGCUCUCCUUAGCUUUCAGCCGUGGGUCACGACCCCUGCCUUCCUACCUCACAGGGUUGUGGGAACCACGUGACAGCGGAGGUAAAAGCUGUUUGAGAGCAGUGAAGCCACACAGACCUUGUGCAGUGAGAAGCUUUGAAGAAUCAAAGACCCCUGAAGCUGCUGCCGGUACAGGAGGCGAGGGCGGCUGGGAAAGAGGAACUUUGGCCAGUGCCCCUCAUGCCGAGCCAAGCAAAAUGGUGCACCCCAGCCCCAGCAAAUCAGAGUUUUGUUUUUGUUUUUGUUUUCAAGUGACACUCUUUCCAUUUUUCUUAGUUUGGGAGAAAGAGCGAGUAUGGCAGGCGAGAGAGAUGAGUAAAAGUUUCAGAAGCGUCUCAGCCAAUCCCUGCUCCUGAAGGAGAGCUUUGCCCUUAUGCACCAGGCAAGAUGGCCUGCUUUCAGCACUGGGCCGCACAUCUCUGUUAGCGCUGACUCUCAGCCGGGUUAGAAAUGCAGGACGGCUGAGUUUUCUGCCCCGCAUUUCAGCUCCUUUAUGUGCCCUACAGUAGAGGAUUUCCCCUGUCUGAGCUUUGUGGCAUUUAGCUUCAAGCUUUUGUUAUUACUCUUUUGCGGCACCAGAGAUGGAACUUUGGCCUCCUUUACGCUGGGAAAGGAUCCCACCACUGAGCUACAACCCAGCCCUUCUAGCCCCCACAGCUGUCUGAAGUACUUAUUAUUUUAAGAGAUUUCCCAGGACUUUUGAACCCGACUUAAGACAACGACGGUUAUUUUAGAUGCUAUGAUUUAUAUUUAUAUAGAGAUAUUUCUAGACUAUUAAAGCUCGCCCUUUGAUACUGGAAUCAGGGGCAUCUUGGGAUUUAUUGUUAUGUAAGAAGAUAGCAUAGAUUUUGGGAUAGUAUUAUGUCAGACGUUGCUUACUCUGAUCUUCAUUGAUGUAUGCAUCCCGUUUCCAAUAAAUGCCACACUGAGAGUGUCUGAAGCUUUUCUUUGAAGAACACCUACUGAACUUUGAACUUAGAUAAAAAGAUUCAACUCAA